AUGCAAGAUGCUUCGGCGGAUUGGGAUCGCGAUGAUGGCGGUGGUAGCCUAUUCGCAAAAACGCCGGAUUUCGAGGUGUCUGGGACUACUCCAGAAGGCGAGUACUAUUAUCUCAUCUUCCGAGAGAAAAUAGAGCAUCACUUGUCUGUGGUCAACACAUCCCAGUUCCCUUUGAUGACACGGGCUUGGGUUCACCAGGAACGAAUGCUCUCUCCGCGAGUCUUACACUUUGGCUACUACGAACUUGCUUUCGAAUGCUCCACUGAAACAUACUCAUUAACCACUACUGGUAAACCGAAUAAGAAGCGGGUUAAAAAGGCAACAUUCUUCAUUGCCCGAAUGUGGCGGUCGUUGGUCACGGGUUACUCAGCGCUCCAUCUAGCCAAGCCCAACGAUUGUUUUCCAGCUCUGAGCGGUGUAGCGAGGACAUUUGCAGAGAAGAGAAAAUCAGAAUACUUGGCCGACCUAUUUAAGGACUCGCUUAUUGACGACUUGUUGUGGACGGCAGUGACGUGGAAAAAGCCACGGCUGUCGGAGUGGAGGGCCCCCUCCUGGUCGUGGGCUAGCACCAAAUCAUCUAUUACCUACCGAGACGAGCUGAUAGCGUCGAUCGAGCACUGCACAUGCACCCUGGAUGGAUUGGAUACCUUCGGUAAGAUCAAGUCUGCACCCCUGCGCAUAACUAGUCAGAUUUUACCAGCCCGGCUCAUUCGCGAGGCUGACCCGGAUACUUACCAACGACCAACCUACCGCGUACACAUUCACGAUGGAGCCGUUGGUCCUCGGAUCUGGCCGGACUAUGACCUGAGCCAGGCCGGCCCAUACCAAGUCCUUUCCGGAACCGAAGUCCAUUGCCUGAGGAUGAUUCGGCACAUUGAGGAUAAUCUCGACGUAUCUUUGGUUAUAAGAGCUGUUCGUACUGGGCCUGGGGCAGUAUUUGAACGGAUUGGUAUUCUGGAGCUCGAUUCACACACGCCGCAAAUCGACCUUCUUCAGUCGGAGAUAAGAGACCGGUUUCUCACAACACUGAACCAGGCACAGGUCAGGACUGUGGAUAUUGAGUAACUCUGAGGGGC